AUGGCAGGAGUCAGAAAACGCAGUAAAUCUGGAGACAGUCAUGUGCUGGACAAUUUGAUAAAGGAGAGGUCUAUAACUGGACUUCCACAGACACAGCAGCAGAUACCAGCCUCCACGAGCUCUCCUCUACAUUACCGUCAACUCUUUCAGCUGCAGCACCAAGGGCUGCUCACCAUCAAACCAACAAACUUCACACUGACUCACCAUGAGAUCCCCCAAGGAGGUAACCAGGUCUACGCGGCUUGGUCCAGCCAAGGCAGAGAGCCUGUUUAUGCGGGAGAAAGCAGUGCCUCGGGACUCGGCUCCUCAUCCACUAGAGCAACUCCAGUUAUUGUUUGUUACAACUCUGCAAACAGGCAAGCCUUUGUCCCACCCUCAGCCAGACAGCGUGAUCCAGCUCUCUCCAACCCACUGUUUGUCCAUGGUUUCUGUAAAUGGCCAGGGUGUGAGCAAGUCUUUAAGGAAUACGAGGCCUUUCUCAAGCAUCUUGAUGAUGUUCACUGCCUGAACGAUACAAGCACAGCUCAGUGUCUAAUUCAAAUGGAGAAGGUGAAUCAGCUGGAGUCAAAGCUGGAGUUUGAGAAGGGGAGACUCCAGGCAAUGCAAACACAGCUGGAGCUGAAAGUGUCUGACCUACAACCGCACCAGCCUCCAAGAGUAUUGGAUGUUCCGAGGAACGAGGUGCCCAUGAUGUCCGCUGCAUCACUUACAUCAGUGUGGCCGAACGCUGUCGCUGCUCUGACUAAUCGACGUAAUCUGUCACUGGGCCAAAAUCAUCUCAGGGAGAACAAUACCAUCUUCUUCUCUGGUAUCAAUCCCACUCUGGAAUACUAUAGAAUUUACAGCGUUCGUCCUCCACUAACUUAUGCAGCAUUAAUCAGAUGGGCCAUUUUGGAUUCUCCGGACCGGCAGCUGACUCUGAAUGAGAUCUAUCAGUGGUUCACCCACACCUUUGCCUUUUUCCGCUAUAAUACUGCUACUUGGAAGAAUGCCGUGCGUCACAACCUGAGCCUGCACAAGUGUUUUGUUCGGGUGGAGAACGUGAAAGGUUCUGUUUGGACGGUGGACGAGUUGGAAUUCCAGCGGCGUCGAGGCCAGAAAGCGAGCAGAGACCCGGAGCAAGAUGGCGCGUGUAGUAGAGCAGCACGCAGGGCUCCGAGGUGAGAGGGUUCGGCGUUAAUCGAGGACUCCUG